UGUCGCUGUACCACGUUAAGAUCGUCCAUUUUUGUUGCCGGUACCUUGGGAUAAUGGACGAAAUGAAAAAGCGUUCAUUUCAGUGAAAUAUAUUCACGCGGUCGCUGGUGUUUUGUGAUAGUUUAUUAGUUUUUGUUUAAUCAUAAACGAAUUUAUUAUCACUUAUUUAAUUAAAAAAAUAUAUUUUAAUUAUUGGUUAGUGCAAAGCUGAUAUCUGACAGAAAUAUUUUAUUUUUAUAUUUUUUUUUUUUUCUUUAUUUUUUUUAUUUUUUUUUCUUUCUCGCCGCGUCUCACAUCGAAGUUCAUAUCCGCGUUCCAACGACCAUACUUAAUAAAGUUUUCGUGGCAAAUUAACAAGAUUUAGGAGUUGGGGCGUGUUAAUUUUAACACCAAUGUCAGAGUCUGAUUUGUUAGCAACUGACCAAAUUGACGGUCUUGAUGGUCUUGAAAAUGGUCAAGAUGGUGACUCAAUGAUGCAAACUGAUGGCACCAAAAGGGAAUUUAAUGAAUCAAAUAUUGAUGAUCCCGAACUUGAAGCAAUAAAAGCACGUGUACGAGAAAUGGAAGAAGAAGCUGAAAAAUUAAAACAGUUGCAAUCAGAAGUUGAUAAACAGAUGAAUAUGGGCAGCCCCCCUGGAAUAACUAGUCCAUUGAACAUGUCUAUUGAAGACAAAAUGGAGGUAGACAACAGAUCUGUUUACGUUGGUAAUGUUGAUUAUGGUGCAACAGCUGAAGAAUUGGAGCAACAUUUUCAUGGUUGUGGUAGUGUAAACAGAGUAACAAUACUCUGUAACAAAUUUGAUGGUCAUCCAAAAGGUUUUGCUUACAUUGAAUUUGCUGAACGUGAUUCUGUACAAACAGCAAUGGCAAUGGAUGAUUCAUUGUUCAGAGGACGUCAAAUAAAAGUGAUGCCCAAGAGAACAAACAGACCAGGAAUGUCAAUGACCAACAGGGGUCCAAGAGGCACACGUGGCUACAGAGGAACAACACGUGGAAUAAGUCGUGGAAGUGCUUAUUUUGGUUACAGACCAAUAAGAAGACCUAGAUAAACCAAUUUAAAUGAUGACACGAAAAUAAGAAAUUAAUGUCUAUUGGUUUUUGCAACUUACUAUAUGCUUUAUCUCCUUCGAUGUCGAUGAAAUUUAUAGCUGAUAAUAGCACUAUUACGACAUUAAAGAUAUCAACCAAAAUAAUGGUCUUGAUCCUUUUUUUUAAUAGAAUAUUUUCCUGAAUAAUCUAUAAACGUUUUUUCCCCAUACAUUGCAUAUUUUUUUUUUUUUUUUUUAUUUAUCUUUUGUCAUUUUUUUUUUGUUAUUUUCAUUUUUAAUUUCUAUAAAGAAUUUACUUGAUAACGUGGUUGUUUAAUUUCUUUCCUAUCAUAUUUAGUUAAUUAGUUAUUAUUAAAUUAUAUUUAUUAUUUAUACAUGUACAUACUAUAAAAUUUACAUAUUAUAAUUAACAUGCGUAAUGUAUUAAAUAGUAUGUACAUAUAUUUAUACAUAUGAUUGUCUAUAUUGCUCUAUUAUAAUGAUAAAUAAAAGAAAAAUAUUAAUAUCGCAUUAAUAAUAACGAGGCGCGGUUUUGCUGUUCACAAUUACAUUUGUCUCCUUUCAGGAGCUACAGACGAGGUUAUUACAUGCCAUACUGACGAUUCUAGAGCCAUUGUGACGUCGCGAUCAGGCUGUUUAUUCAAG